UUGCUUUCACUUUCUUUUAUGGGGAAGAAAUGAGGUUAAGUAGCGAAUGCUGCGACUUAAUUACGCAUUUCUUUCGUGAUUUGGUAUUUUAGAGGGGAUUUUCGGUGACGAUUAGAUGUCGUCAUCGUUUGUGACCUACACUUUCCAUUAUGCUUCUUUUCACAACUAUCGCAUUCUUCAGAGACCCUCUAAGGUAUUUUAUAGCUAUCUGACGUUAUCAGCUGUCACACCUUCCAAAGCACAUGGCCCAAUCACACCAGCAGCAGCUUCUGGCGAUUAAUCAGAUCAUAGAGGGUCUCAGUACCAGCGAAUGCAGGAUACUCUUCUACCUGUGUUGUGGUUUGGACUUGGAUUAUGAUAUAACCGUUUUGAAGAAAACACUAGAAAGUAGAGUGGUGUGUGAUGAGAAUGGAAAUAUGUACUUGGAACAGCUCAUGUUGCCCCUCAAGCGCUUUGACCUUCUGAGAAAGGUUCUGAAAACCAGUAGAGAACAGGUAGAGAGGGAUGUGCAAAACAGACAUCUUCUGCCGGAAUACAGAGUGUUGAUGGUCAAUAUAAGUGACGAUAUGACAAAAGAAGAUUUAAGCAGCUUUAAAUUCUUGUUUGGCAGCUCUUUACCCCGUGAAAGAAUAGAAAAAGCUAAGAAUUUCCUGGAUUUUACCAUCGAACUAGAGAAGCAAGAUCUAGUUUCAGCUGAAAGUGUUGACCUAGUGGAGCAAUGUUUAAGAAACAUUAACAGGGUUGACUUAGCCAAAAAAGUGGUCAAAUACAAAACAUCAGUUGCAACAACUGAACAACAUUCCUAUGCUUCUUGUCUUUCCUCUGCUUCAAAUGUCUGCCAUUCAGUAACGCAAUCAAGACAAAGACAGUCUCCUCAUGUUGAAAACAGAACAGCUCCUGUAUACAUGCAGCAAACCUGCAGGAUUCCAGCUGAUGGAUACAAAUUCAAUACCAAUCCCAGAGGGGUUUGUGUCAUCAUAGACUGUGUGGGUAAUGAUGGAGUUAUGCUGGAACAGACAUUUAUGGCUCUUAAUUUCCACGUCUCCCUCCACAAAUGGCUGAGUGUUCAUGACACAGUUGCCGUAUUGAGAGGGAUAUCCAAGCACAGAGCAAACCACAAUGCCGAUGGGUUUGUCUGUUGCAUUAUAAGCCGUGGCACAAGAAAUGGUCUCCUGUGCACAGACCCUCACGGCCCAGGCCUUGAGCUGGACAAGGUCAGGUGUGCUUUCAAUGCAGACGCGUGUCCCAUGCUGGCUGGCAAGCCCAAACUGUUCUUCAUCCAGACGUAUGGGAUCACAGAGCCCCAUGGUAGGAUGCAACACCAGGACGGUGGUCUGGAGACAGACGGCUAUGAUAGGAUGCAUACACAUACAGAUCGCAACAUUCCUAGAGAUGCCGACGUGUUCUGGAGUCACUGCUCGACGGAUGAACGUCAACUGCAACAAGGACACCAUCGUUCUGUUUACCUGAAGGCUCUGUCAGAUGCUUUGCACAAAGGCCAACAAAGGAAAACCAAGCUGGUUGAUAUACAUGUUGAAGUGAAUGGGGUACUGUUUGAACACAACAGAUGGAAUCCUGGAGGAGUUUAUGACAUUGAUUUGAGACACACUCUAAUUAAAGAUCUUUACUUAUAACACAGAAAGUACCGGUUACUAAUACUCAUACUAAUACUAAGAUACAUAGUAAAAACAUCACUGCUGUAGAAGAACAUUUUUGCUGAGUAAACAGAGACACCUACUGGUUGUAUGUAUUCAAAACCUUUUGGAAACAUAUAACUGGUUGAUACGCAUACAGUUAUUUUACUUGUUAUUCAUGAUGUUCAUUCAAUAAUUUCAAUUUCAAAUCUUUUAAAACAUGUCCAUACGCCACCCACAAUAACAGGUCUUUUAUACUUUUCUCGAGUGCAGCUAAAACCGAUAACCACUAGAAAUGUGAAGAUAUGUUUUCCUGUUUUAAAGGCUAUGUUUUUGUGCAUACCAGAACAUUUUUACAUCUUUUUAUUUAGUCCAUUGCAUUUGUACCUUUUUAUUAUUUUACCCUACUUAUACCAUUUUAAGAUUAUUUGCACUUUUAUACUGUGUACUUAUAUAAAUAAUAUACAUAUUAAUAUAUUACCUUUAUUGAACUAUAUACAUUUUUAACUGAUCACCCAUAACAAUAAUCCCACUAUGUGAUUUUAUUGUUUUAGGGGUCAGCAUGGGGGAAGUGAAUGCUACGUAUGACUGACCGGUAUAGGAACUUAGUAGACAAGUUCCCAUAAUCAUCCCAUAAUGACAGAUACUUAGUUUCUUGGUUCUAGUGCACUGUGUGCCUUAAAUUGCCCCCUUGAGACAAAUAAAAUAUAAUUGAAUGGAUACUUAGCUUAGUUAGCCCAUGCUGACCCCUUCUUCCGGUAAUCUUUUGACUGUUGUUUGUAUUUAAGUCGAAUUAUAAGCUAUCACUGUUGUAAAGGUGCUUCAACAUUUAGUUCAUACUUACAGAGCCUACAUAUUGUGCAUUCGUGGUUUAGCCAUUUGUCUUUUGCUAAUAAUUCUAAUGUAUCUUUUCUACAUAACAAUAUAUAAAUAUGAUUUUAAAAAGGACUUUGGUAUUUAGUCAUGCCAUCUUGUAUGUGAUAUAAAUAGCCUAAAUAAAACAUGUAAUGUAACAGAAGCUACUGAUGCUGAUGGAAACACGAAGAUAUGAUAAAUUCUCUGCAGUGAUUUAGUCCUUGAUGUUUGAUGUAACACUGUGGAGCUUUUGAUAGUUAAAUUGAGCUGGGGUGAAGUGAAACUAAUCAUCCAUAUUAAAGCUGAUUAGAUAUGGGGUUUGACCCAAAGGUGUAACCCUA